UUUUCCUCAAUUGACAUUAACAUUUUCAUAGUUAAGUAUUAACUUCUCCUAAUUUCUUUCUGAGUUUUCCAUCACUGCUUUUCCGGGGACGUAGAAUGAAAGGGUGUUACAGGACUAGGACUAAGAAUAAGAAUAAGAAAAAAGGGAAAGCUACACUGAACAAAGCAUGCAGCUAAACAACAUCUAAAUCAGUAUUGAUUUUGAAAUUCAGUCGAUUUCUUUUGUUUAAUUGCUUAUUUUAUAAUGUUUUCAAGAUGCCGGCAAUGGAUUUGGACACUGCCCUGUUGACCAUGGGUUACGGCUGUGGUCAGGUGAUAAUCUUCGCUGUGAGCUUCUUCGUCUACUUUUACUCUGUGUCCGAGUCCAUGAGUGCUGGUUAUCUCGUCAUUCUGUCCUCCUGCGAUUUUGCAACUACCGGAGGUGACAAGACCCUCUUGGCCAACUCCCUGCUGGGAGGAAUGGUGGCCUCUGGCCUCUUCAUUGGCCUCGUGGCGGACAGAUAUGGCCGAAAGUUCACCAUUCGGCUAGCAUUAAUUGGUGCCCUAUGCUUCUCGUUUCUCUCGGCCUUAAUGCCGGAGCUCUAUUCCAUGGCUGUGAUGCGGAUGAUUGUCGGCAUUUUCCUCUCGGGAGUUGCCUCUUUGCAGGUUGGCUUCCUGACCGAGUUCCAUGCCCCCAAGUGGCGCCCUCUGGUGGUCACCCUUUGCAGCCAUUCCCAGACCGCUGCCCUCAUGUACUGCCCCCUGAUGGGCAUGGCCAUUUUGCCCACAAAUUUCAGUAUAACCCUGAGCAGCAACUACGAUAUGCGCGCCUGGCGAUUCCUAAUGAUGGUGAUCGAAAUUCCUGGCUGGAUAGGUCUAUUGGGCAUUAGUCUUGUGCCAGAGACCCCGUACUAUCUGAUGUCCGUCAAUCGUGAGGAUAAGGCCAUUAUGGCCCUCAAAUGGAUAUGUCGGAUGAAUCGGAAAAAGUGGGAGGACUUUGAAAUAUCGGUAGCCGAACUUCCAAGGGCCACCAUCGUUGCGGGGGGCUUCUGGAAAGAAUUGUGGGACGAGAGUAUACGGCUUUUCAAGCGACCAUAUGUCGGCAGAUUUAUGCUCUGUCUGUGGUUAAUUUUCGGAAUAUUCUUCGUAGCCAUUGGAAUGGGCAUCUGGUUUCCGGUUAUCCGCAACAUGGACAACUCGGGCCACCACCGGUUUUGCUACCUGAUCCAUCAUAACCCAAUAAUAAAUAAGCAUAACAUACGGACGGCGAACGGAACGGACACAGGGGUGCCACAUUGCCACGAUGUGAUGAGCAACUUCAUCGAUCCCAUCUACUAUGCAUUGGCCUACAUGAGCUGUUUUAUUCUAUCCUCGCUUUUGUUGCAGUGCAUGGCGAGGAAGUUCGCGAUUGCCGUUCACAUCGCGCUGGCCUGUAUCCUUGGCUUAUGUCUUAAUUUCCUAAAGCAACCGACCAUGGUGCUGAUCUUCUUCACGCUCAUGAUGGUUCUUCCCGGGGUCCUGAUCCCUCUGGCCACCUCGGCCCUGGUCGAUUGCCUGCCCACCCAUCUGCGAGGCAAGGCAAUCUGUAUGGUGCGAUCCCUGGCCCGUUUUGGUGGCGUCUUGGGCAGCACUCUGGUUGGAAUGCUAAUGAGGAUCACCUGCGAUGUAACCUUAAACAUUUUCAAUGUCGCUCUGGCUCUUUGUGUCGUGUUGGCCGUCUUUCAACCCAAAGGCAUGCCUGCAUCAUAGCAAAAUUACGUCUAUAUAUAUAUAUUUUUAAGUUUCUUAGACGAAGUUGUAUAUAUCUUUAAAUAAAAAUCUUAGCCGUAAAGAA